AUGUCAACUGAAUUCACAACUCAUUUUGUGAAUCCUUCAACUUCUGAAGAUUUACUUUUAGAAGACGACAAAUGCUCAGCAUCUUAUAUGACUCCUUAUGCAACUGUUAUUGCAAUGGCUGCACUAUAUUUAUUAGCUAUUUUUUAUUUUUUGAAAAAUGGAAAGAAAAUAUGUUUACCUUUGCCAGAUUCAUUACAUCCAUAUCAAAAAAGAUUGAAGCAGCUGGAAAGAGGUUAGAAAUUAUUUUAUAAUUGACUGUGAGAGGAUACAAAUUUAAAUUCAGAUCUUCAAUCAUAUUUAAUAGCUGAAGAUGGAAUGGAAGUCGAUGAUUAUCAAAUUGGCCAAACUGACAAUGGAUUUGUGUUUCGUGGUGGAGUUUAUCCGAAAACAAGAAAUCGGUUCAAUGCAAGAGUUACAACUGCGGUUAAAGUAAGUACUUUGACUAGAAAAUGAAUCAUGGUGUUUUUUUUUCAGAUAAGUUUUCCAAUCGUUAAAAGAUCUAUAAAUUUAUUGGAAGAUGCGUUAAGACUUUCGAAAUUGGAACAUCCAAAUUUAAUUCGACUUUUGGGAGUUUCUGAAUUAUCAUUCACAGGUAAGGACUAUAUUUUUAAAGUUAGUUAUAUCUCAAAGAUAACUUUUUUUUCUAACAAAAACCCUAUGAAAUUUAUCAUAGAUAAAUUUGAUCUCUCAUCCCACCCCCAUUAAAUUUUCUCAAAACACAAAAGUUUAGUUUUUCGACCAAUGAUUGCUUUGGAAUGGCUUCCUGGUGGUACUUUGGCUGAUUAUUUCACAUAUUCUAUCAGAGUACGUAUUAUUUCCAAUGUUUUCCGAACCUCGAAUAUAUUUUUUCAGGCAAAAGAAGAUGAUGAUCGUCCAACAGUUCAACUGAAAGAUAUGUUAUCUGUUAUUCAUCAAAUAUCUCUAGCUCUCAAAUAUAUUCAUGGUAAUUUGGAUGAAUUUGGACAGGAGUUAACACAUGGAAGAAUAAUUCCAAGAAAUAUUCUGAUUUCCGAUCAAGAACUCAAAAAAUGCCACGUGAAAUUGGGAGAUUUCGGAGAUGAUCCAUUACCAGGAAGUGUUCCAAUCCUUGCCUAUUUACCACCUGAAAUUCUUUGUUGUUCUGAAAAAGUGGCUCCGCAUCGACCAGAAAAUGAUGUUUGGAUGUUUGGUGUGUUGUUUUGGCAAUGUUUGACACUUGGAGCUGUCCCGCAUUUUCGAAAAUCUGUUGACGAAAUAAAAAAAGUCGGUUCAUUUUUUCAUUAAAUCUCUUUCUCUACUAUAUAAGAUACAUUUGAGACGAAUUGAACUUUUAAUCCGCUUACGAAUAUUUUCCGAAAAAAACAAUUUAUCCUUUUUGAGCAGCCAAAAGUUCAGAGCUUUUUAAUGAGAAAAAUCAAACGAAAUUAAAUACGAAACUUCCUUUUGUCCUUUUCUUUUUGUUAAAAAAAUGAAAACAAAGCUAAAUAUUUUAUAGAUCAUUUCGUCUACCAGACAGAGGUCUUUCAUGUCCUCCAACUUGUCCAUUAGAUGUUUGGACUUUGGUAACUGAUUGUCUUUCCGAAGCUCAUAUUCGACCUCGAUUCUCAUCAACAACUCCAGCAUUAUCAAUCCCAAAUAGAGUAUCUUCUUUACAUAAUUCUAUAUCAACUUCUUUGUUUUUAUAUCCCACACCUGAUAUUUCAUCAUGUUCUUGUUUAGAACAUCACUGUCAAAAUAUUGCUGUAUAUUAUUAA